AUGUGCAACAUCAACAGCCCCCAGCCGUUUGUUCAAGACCAGCUCAGUUUCUACGACACCUGCUCCACGCAACAACCAAGUCUCACGACUUUGUCACGUCAAGCGCUGGUCUUUGCUUGGACAACGCUGCGCUACACGGACCCUUUGCUCGCAAAAGCCACGGUUGCCCAGCUCUGCGCCUCAGUGCUGACACCCACCAAUGAGGAGGCAUGUCAAGAGACCCUGGCCACGGUACGACAGCUCAUGGAGGCGCAUGUGGUCGCUUGGCCGACGCCACCGGACGACCUCGUGGCAGCCAUGGCGCAGCUCAACAUUACGCUGGUGCAGUUUGCUCUCAACGACACUGAGCCGGUGUUUCUGACGCAAGCCGCCAUCGCAGCGUCCGACAGUUUUUCGAUCUUUGGUUGGGCCAUGGUGUACGACUGGCUGGACGGCACGCGGGAUGUGACGACGCUGGACACGGACACGGGUCUCUUCAACCUCAUUUCGCCGUAUAUUGCGCCGGCACCGCUACCGGCCAACCCACUGGAGCUACCUAGCCAAGCGUGUGAUUACAUUCGAAUCGUUGUUGUCUACGCCAGUGCACUCACGACCGCGGUCGCGGCAUUCGUGCUCAUGGCGGCUACGUGGUCACGCCUGCGCAUCCAUGGCGUUGAUCUGCUGGCCUUUCACUGGGUUGCCAGCCCGGUCUGGGUCGGUCGGCCAUUUCUUUUGCUGCGUGGCGCGACAGCACUCGUUCUUCUCAGCACGGCUUCUGUGGGCUUUGUCUCGACCAAUGGCGUCUCCCGCUUCGUCUCAACACCGCGGUCGGUGUUCGAUGUGAUGGUGCUCGCAAGCGAAGCCAACUGGGUUACGUACGUGCUGGUGGACUUUUGCUUGCCACUUCUUGGAGCCCGGGCGCACUCGUAUGCGCCGCUUGGGGCCGCCUUCACAUGGAUCGCGACUGUGGCCAUUGAGCUCUCGGCGCCAUUUCAAGCCAAAAUGACCGUCCAGCAAACAUCGGUAGUGUCGAGCACGUGUGUCUCUUGGCUGGUCUCCACGUCGUGGGGUUGA